UUUCUUCAUUGGAAUAAUGCAGCUGAUCAUAUACAUGAACGGACAGGACGCCAUCCUAUUCACUUAUCCCCUCGCUGAUUCCUUCAACAGCACUGGGCUGGUUGUUUCUUCUAAAAUGCUAAGAUUCUCCGAGAUGUACAUGCUGUCAGUAGCGAGUGCAGACCAGAAAUCCAUCUCCGCUAAGAAACCAGUUCAGCUCACCAAGAGCAUCACUCAGUGGUUCACCAAGGAUGGAAUUUUUGUGGAAGGUCUGUUCUGGAAAGAUGUGGAUGGACUAAUCACUGAUUAUACAAGAGUACAAGCCCAAGGAAAAACUAUGCUGUAGACAGGGUAGGUGAAAAGGCAACUUGGACAAGAUCUUAGCAGCAAAGCAACUGCUGAGAGUUGUAGAACUUUACCAUUUUGAGAAAUGAAUUGAUACA